AUUUACGUCGCUAGGUAAGCUUACGUUCAGUCUAUCGACGUUCUCCGCAAACGUAACAUCGCGAGAAAUCUGUACAUUCCAUUUCGUCCUAGCUCAAGAAUAAAAAGAUGCCGGUGCGGAUUAAUUGGCCUCUAUUGACGGCGACGGUCUGCCCUAACAUCGGCGGUUGGGUCGGCGGCUACAUCACCCAGAGGAAUAUGAAUUGGUACGAGACGCUGAACAAAUCGAAAAUCAUUCCGCCAAACUGGUUGUUCGCACCUGUAUGGACCACCCUUUACUGUACAAUGGGCUACUCGUCGUACCUGGUGUGGCGGGACGGGGGUGGCCUGCAGGAGGCGGCCGUACCGCUCAGCGUGUACGCUCUUAAUCUUGCCCUCAACUGGUCGUGGUCGCCACUCUUCUUCGGAACUCAUAACGUUAAAUGGGCUCUCUACGAAAUUGUAGCAUUGUCAGCCAGCACGGCGACACUUGGAAUCGCAUUCUACCACGUCAAUCCUGUCGCCGGCUAUCUCAUCAUUCCCUACUUUGUGUGGACCUCUCUCGCCACAGUAUUCAACUACGUCAUCUACCGAGAUAACAAACAGCUCCCGGCUGUCGAGAAGACUGAGGAAAAGAAAAAUUAAAGACAAACAUAACAGAGAGAAGAGAGAGACAGAAAGUCAUAAAUCUUUGCUUAGACAAAGUUAGCUUUUUAUGUUGGGAAAACAUAUCUCACGAAAUCGAUGCUAUUGAUGGGCUCAACGAAUACUUUGAAUCAAUAAUCUGAGUAUAUAACGAAUAAAUAUCGAGUAUUUGUAUAUGUAUACAAUGAAAAAAAAAAAAUGUUAAGCGAAAAAAAAAAAAUAA